AUGUAUCAAGUCCAGAAGACCACAAACGCUUCACACUACAUUCAGUCAUUCACCCAUUCACUUGGUGACGGUGGCAAGAUAGCGCCAGACUCCGCCCCAAGGUGCUCUGACAGAGCCGAGGCUGCCAGCACCGGCGCCACCGGACCCUCUGACCACCAACAGCAGGCAAGACGGGUGAAAUGUCUUAACCUCAAGGACACAACGACUGAGUGGGGCAACCCAUCGAUUGCUGGACGAACUCCUACCACCACCGUCAUCGGAUUUCCACUCUGUUUUAUCUGUGCCCCGCAGCCCCCCGCCCGAUACCCCGCCGCGUUUUCACAGGCCCAGGGCUCCCACAGGAAGCAGCACUCUGCAGAGGGCAAAGGUCAGGGAACGACCAUUCACCGACGCACAACGCCGAGCGGGUCCGCCGAACCGCUCCGGCUCAAAAAUAAAACUAAGAAUCCAGGUAUAGCAAACAUGGAGCGAACAAGCAGCAUAAGAAGAAAGACCAUAGCGAGACAACAUAAGACGGAAGUCAUGAUUGCGGGAGAACAGCUCAGGUUGAGGCUUCACGACGGAAAACUGAUCAAGGACCGGCGGUACCACCUGCGGACGUACCCGAACUGCUUUGUGGCGCAGGAGCUGAUCGACUGGCUGGUGAGUCACAAGGAGGUUUCGGAUCGAGCGACGGCCGUUUGUCUCAUGCAGCACCUCAUGGACAACGACAUCGUUCAUCACGUCUGUGACAAGAGACCUGAAUUCAAGGACGCCAAACUGUUGUAUCGUUUUCGCAAGGAUGACGGCACAUUUCCCUUCAACACCGAGGUGAAAAUCUUCAUGCGAGGACAAAGCCUGUAUGAAAAUCUCGUCGCCGACAAAAGCUCCAUCCUGCAGCUGAGAGAGGAGCACGGGGUUUGGUAUCAGCGCUCGUUUCCGGGCUACCAGCUGAUAGACUGGCUCCUGCAGAACGGGGAGGUGGAGAGCAGGCGCCAGGGGGUGGAGCUGAGUCGGGCGUUGCAGGAGCAUGGCAUCAUUCAACACGUGACAAAGAAGCGUGACUUCUUCGACAGUGGGCUCCUCUAUCAGUUUUGCAUCAAUUUCCGUCGCCGCCGGCGCCUUUCUGAGCUGUUAAAUGAAAGGGAGCAAGAGAAUGAUGGGGCUUCCAUCCAAGAGGAAAACAAUCUCGACAGUCCAUUUUUUCUACGCAAAGACCCCAUCCAGGAGCAUAACAGUGCUUUUCAAUCCAUUGGGCCAAGUAAAGACAUAAAACAGACUGCAUGUGGCCGGAGAUCCAGUCUGAAUUCGCUUCAGCUUCAUUCUGGCGGAUUUCAAACUCUCAGUCAACUCUCUGCAAACUCAGUCGUGAGAUCCAAUCCUAAAUCAGUUUUAAAAAGACAUGUCACAUGUGAGGAGUUACUGGCCCCUGGAGCACCCUUCAUCAGGAAAGUGCUUACGGUGAUCGGGGACGCCCUGGGCUGGGGCAUUGUGGUCAGAGGCAGGGCGCCCUGCUACGUUCAGGCCGUGGAUCCUGGCAGCCCUGCGGCAGCUGCUGGAGUUAAGAUACGGCAGUUUGUGUGCCAGGUGAAUGGCAGGUGUGUUCUUUACCUGGACUACAAGACAGUGACCAGGCUGGUGAUGACUGGACCUCGUGUUGUUGUGCUGGAGGUUCUGGAGCAACUGGAAUUAAAACAACGCCUGAACAACAAUAAUAACAAUAAUUCUUGAAUAGGAACAAAACAAAUGAUUGUGAAAAUAAAAAAACAAAAAAACAACGGGGUUAGGAGGAGUACAAAUACCUCGCUGGGCACCUGAUCAACAGACGGCACUGGAGUGAAGCCUUCACCCAGAACAGACAGAGCAGAAUGUACUUCUUACGGAAGCUUAUGUUCUUCGGAGUUUGCAACACGAUGCUGCAGAUCAUCUAUAGAUCUGUUUGGGAGAGUGUAACAUCUUCUGCCAUCAUCUGUUGGGGUAGCAAGUGACUUGAUAAAGGCUAAAGCCGAAAAAAAUAAGGCUGGUUCUGUUCUGGGGACUCCUCUUGAACCUCGAGAGAUAAUUGUGCAAAGGAUUCUUCAUAAAAUAAAAAACAUUACAGACAACCAUGAGCAUCCUCUUCAUGACAUGGUCAUACAAAAAAAAGUGUCUUCACUCAGAGGACUCUUCAGAUUUGGUGUAACAGACUGCUACAGGAUAGCCUUCCUGCCCAAACCCAUCAGCAUUUACAACAACUCUUUGAAGUAGGCUUUCCAUCCGCCCUGUAAAAUACGGAAUCGUCCCGUAUUGAAUCAAUAUGAGACACGAUUUGGUCCAUAUUUCUAUAGAUGUCUGAUACACACGCCUAUCACACACAUGUCAACCCUAAAUAUAACAAUAAUGACCAAAAUAAAACACAGGAUAUAAGGUCAGCUAAACUGUCAUGGCCGGAGCUACACAAGUAGCACGAACGGCGCUGCUGUCACGUUUGCAACCCGCGUUUUUUUAAAAAAAAUCUCCGCCCGAUGCUCCACCAUGUCCUUGGAAGCAAGAACUCUUGCAAAAAUACAGAUGUGAGUGGGAAGACACUUUCCAGAAAGACCAAUGUCAGUGAGGAUGAAUACAGACAUUGCUUUUAAAAAUGUGAUAUUCAGUGGCGCAGUGUGCUGCUGUAUGGUAUCAGACAGAAUGGAUCAGCAGAGGAACACUGCAGAGCCGUCAGAACCAGACAUCAGCGUCUCGUGAGGCCAACAUGGUACGGAACAUUUUGCUAUAAUUUAUGAAGUUUCUUAUUGUGUUUUUAGUAGACAACCAUGGUUUGAUUAUGAUUCUUAAGAUGAUGAGUUUGGAUGAUACGUUUUUUCAUCUAAAAUAAUUUGAAAAAAAAAGGUAUAUAUAUAUAUAUAUAUAUAUAUAAAUGACAAUUUAAAUAACAAAAUCACACUAAUGGUUUAAUAGCAAACUAAUAAAUCUUGUGAAGAGAAACUGUUUAUUUAUCCUACAUUAAAAAAAAGUUUGUUAGGUUUUUCCGUGUAGGAAAAAUGUUGAUAUCUUGUGGUUGAUAUCAUUUCACUAUUAUUUUAUUAAUGUGGGUUGCCAGUUUGUAUAACCUGACUAUCUAUCAAGCUAUAAGAAGGAAGUAAAGACAUGCUAACCAAUGCAUCAGGCACAGAUCUGCACCGCAUGGGCAGGGGCUGAUUCAAGUGGCUCUUUGGUUCACUUAUAUAUUACUUUAUGAAAUAUUCACCUAUUUUUUAUUUCAUUCUUUUUUUUUAAGUGUUCCCCAAGAAAAGCAUUAUGGGGCCAACUACCCUGGCCCCUGGUAAAUUUGGUCCAGAAACAGCCUCUGAACCCAACUCCUUAUUGUAUAAAUAUUUUUGGUAUUGGUCUUCUGUCUGAGAUGAAUUUAAAAAAUAUUAAAUCACGUGCUAUGAUCAGUUA